AUUGUCAUGAUAUAAAAACAGAACAAACUGUGAUUUGUCUUCAUUUUCCCGCUUUCUUAGUUGUGAGAAGUGUUUAGUAUCGAAUAACCGGCAACCAAAAGAAAUUAAAUAAUGUCUGGACGAGGUAAAGGUGGAAAAGGAAAAGCAAAGGCCAAGUCCCGAUCAAAUCGGGCUGGACUUCAGUUUCCUGUAGGAAGAAUCCAUCGGUUACUGAGAAAAGGUAACUAUGCUGAACGCGUUGGAGCUGGUGCUCCUGUUUACCUAGCUGCUGUGAUGGAAUAUUUGGCUGCUGAAGUAUUGGAGUUGGCUGGAAACGCAGCGAGAGACAACAAAAAGACAAGGAUUAUUCCUCGUCAUUUGCAAUUAGCCAUUAGGAACGAUGAAGAACUUAACAAACUUUUAUCUGGCGUUACCAUAGCUCAAGGUGGUGUUCUUCCAAAUAUCCAGGCGGUUCUACUCCCGAAGAAAACUGGAGGUUCUAGCUCGGGCUCAGGAGGAAAAUCUUCAAAAUCCCAAUCACAAGAUUACUAAGUUGAGUGUAAGAUACAUCAACGAUUUUGUUUUUAUUUGUUUCAAUGUCUGUCCCAUUUGUAUUCAUUAUAUAAUAAAUGUUUUUUAUUAACUUUAUUUUGUUAUCAAUCAUUUACAUUCACAUACUCCAUUCAGUUGUAAGACAUUGAAUAAUAUAUUUUCUGUGGCAAUAUU